CACUCUGGACCUGCUGCUUCUCAGACGUCGCCAUGACAACCAGGGCCUUGGAGGAGCUGGAUGGCGGCCUGGGCAGCUGCCAGGCGGACGAGGACCUCUCCACGCUGGCUGACCCCUGCCCAGGCCAGCCCCCAGAGGACAGGGCUCCAGCGACGCCCAGGCUGGCUGACUCCGGCGGCUGGCCCCAUGAUUCUCAGGAGCCCACAGCUGAGGGCAGCCCCACAGGCGGAGUGGAUGACAGGCCCAAGAAGACAGAAAAGGAACCUGUGGCCAAAGUGGCCCCAGCACCCGGGAAGGAGAGGCUGAAAGCAGGAGCACCGCCCCGGAGCCCCGCGCGGAAGAAGGCGCAGAGCGCGCCGCCCCCGCAGCCGCCGCCGCCGCCCCCGGCCCUGAGCGAGGAGCUGCCCUGGGGGAACCUGUCGCUCAACAAGUGCCUGGUGCUCGCCUCCCUCGUGGCGCUGCUGGGCUCGGCUUUCCAGCUGUGCCGAGACGCCAUGACUGGGGAGGCGGUGGCCCCGGCGCCUGUCCCUGAGCCCUGGGUCCCGCCAAGCUCGGCCCCGAAGGAGCCGGCGUCACCCUUGCCGAAGCCCGUGGCCUGGGCCCCCCCUUCAGGACCGCCGGCACCCCAGGCGGAGGCAGAGAGGCCCAAGGCUCCCAGGAGCGGGGAGGCUGCAAAGAAGGACGAAGGAGAGCCUGGGGAGGAGCGCGCACCCCUCGCCGACCGAGGGCCCAAGGAGAGACCGCGGAAAGAGAGGCCGCAGAAGGAGGAGAGGCCGCGGAAAGAGAGGGUGAGGAAGGAGAAGAGGCCGCGGAAAGAGAGACCACAUGAGGAGAGGCCGCAGAGAAAAGAGAGGCCGUGUAAGGAGAAGCCACGCGCCGCCAGGGAGCCCCGGGGAGCCCUACCCCGGCGCUGGGAAGCACUUGAAGGCGGCCAUCGGCCGUGGGCGCGGGACUCCGGAGACCCCGAGCACAGGAAAGGGCCGGCCUGGGCCUCCCCGCGGCGCCCAGACGAGGAGGACCGGCCUCCGGGCCGCCAGAAGCCCCGCGCGGGCAAGGGGCGGGACUGAGCCGGACCUGGGUGCUGCGCCGGAUCCCGGGACCACUUCUCAAUGGCCCCGCGGGUCCAGUAAAAUAAAGCGAGUGAGCGGCCCCCGCGUCGCCUGCUCCUUUGCGCCUCGAACCUGCCCGGGGCCUGAAAGAGGGGGAUGGAGCGUCGGGCCGGGGAGAGGCAGUGGAGCCCACCGGGAUGACGCGGCCGUGCUGGCGGAAGGAGGCCCCCCGCCCCCAAAGACGCACGGACACCCGAGCUGGGUGCUUGCAGCUCUUUAUUGGGGCGAUGACUGGGGUCCGAAUAAAUAUGGGCAGGGCGCUGCUCGGGGCCCGGCGGGGGGGUCACCGGCAGCCGCACUCGGUGGCCACCAUGUUGGGCACAUGGUGCGCGCGGAUGUGCUCCUCGGACAGGGUGAUGAGCAGCUUGCCCGCGUAGGCCGUGGGCACGCAGC